AUGGCAACACUUGGUGGAGUUAGCGAAGUGGCAGGAACCCCAAACAGCCUUGAGAUCGACAGUCUCGCUCGCUACGCUAUUGAACAACACAACGCCAAACAGAAUGCACUUCUGGAAUUUUCAAGGGUGAUAAGUGCAAAACAUCAAGUGGUUUCUGGUACUUUGCACCACAUCACUCUUGAGGCAAAAGAUGGGGGGAAUAAAAAGCUUUAUGAAGCCAAGGUUUGGGAAAAGUCUUGGCUCAACUUCAAGGAGGUGCAGGAGUUCAAGCUUGUGGAAGAUGUGCCUGCCCAGUGA